AAAUGGGAUGGCGCCGGGAAGCGCCCAAGGAGCGCCGGCGGCCGGCAGGUACGGGCCCGGGAUGGCGGCCCGGGGUCCGAAGGGGAGGGCUCACUGUGUCUGCAUGGUAUCGGACUUCUUCUACCCCAACAUGGGGGGCGUGGAGAGCCAUGUGUACCAGCUGUCGCAGUGCCUCAUCGAGCGGGGCCACAAGGUCCUGGUGGUCACCCACGCCUACGGCCACCGGAAGGGCAUCCGCUACCUCACCAGCGGGCUGAAGGUGUACUACUUGCCCCUGAAGGUAAUGUACAACCAGUCCACGGCGACGACGCUCUUCCACAGCCUGCCCCUGCUCAGGUACAUAUUUGUGCGGGAGAGGGUCACCAUCGUCCACGCCCACAGCUCCUUCUCUGCCAUGGCCCAUGACGCCCUCUUCCACGCCAAGACCAUGGGGCUGCGGACAGUGUUCACGGACCACUCCCUCUUUGGGUUUGCGGAUGUCAGCUCGGUGCUCACCAACAAACUUCUGACGGUGUCGCUCUGUGAUACGAACCACAUCAUCUGUGUCUCCUACACAAGUAAGGAGAACACGGUGCUGAGAGCAGCUUUGGACCCUCGGAUAGUCUCUGUCAUCCCCAAUGCUGUCGAUCCCACCGACUUCACUCCAGACCCGUCAAGGAGGGAUGACAGUACGAUAACAAUUGUUGUUGUCAGUAGACUUGUUUACAGAAAAGGUAUAGAUUUGCUUACUGGUAUAAUUCCUGAACUCUGCCAGAAAUAUCCAGAAUUACAUUUCUUAGUUGGAGGAGAAGGGCCCAAACGAAUCAUACUGGAAGAAGUCCGGGAAAGAUACCAGCUACAUGACAGGGUACGACUCUUAGGAGCCUUGGAACACCAGGAUGUUAGAAACGUUCUAGUUCAGGGGCAUAUUUUUCUCAACACUUCCCUCACUGAGGCCUUUUGCAUGGCAAUUGUAGAAGCAGCAAGCUGUGGUUUACAGGUGGUGAGUACCAGAGUUGGUGGGAUUCCUGAGGUGCUUCCGGAUAAUCUCAUUAUUUUGUGUGAACCCUCUGUGAAAUCUUUGUGUGAUGGAUUAGAAAAAGCUAUUGCCCAGCUCAGAUCAGGAACACUCCCAUCUCCAGACACAGUUCAUAAUAAAGUAAAGACAUUUUAUACAUGGAGGAAUGUAGCAGAGAGGACUGAGAAAGUGUAUGACAGGGUUGCAGAUGAAGUGGUUUUACCAAUGGAUGAGCGACUUACCAGGCUCAUGUCUCACUGUGGCCCAGUGACUGGGUGUAUUUUUUCUCUCUUUGCUGUUCUGAACUUCCUUUUCCUGGUGUUUCUGAGGUGGAUGACUCCAGAUUCCAUUAUUGAUGUUGCAAUAGAUGCCACAGGACCUGAAGGUGCAUGGACUAAACAGUAUUUUUUGGGGAAAAAAGGAAGAGUUAAAGAAGGACUUCCAAACUCCUAA